CCGGGCCGUUGCUAGGUAACGUGUGUUUGGUGUUGUGGUUGAAGAGUUAACGGGUCUGUCUCCGUAAUUAAUAAUCGAUUAUCGGUGAAUUAUAUAUUAUAAAUAAUCUCACACAGCUACACGGUCAGCAUGGAAGCUCCCAGCCAGCCUCAGCUCCAGCUGGAAGCUGUUAUCGGCUUCAACGGUCACGUGACCUCCGGCCUGAGAGUCCACCCUGACAGCGAGCACCUGGUCUAUCCUCUGGGCUGCAGGAUCGUCCUGAAGAGGAUCAAAGACGGCAAACAGGAGUUCCUCUGUGGACACACCAACAACGUGUCCUGCGUCUCGGUGUCCAAAAGUGGAGCGUACAUUGCUUCUGGACAGGUCAACUUCAUGGGCUUCCAGGCGUUGGUGAUCAUCUGGGACUACGCACAGCGAACAAUCUACGCCCAGCUGGAGCUCCACAAAGCUAAGGUGGAGGCGCUGGCCUUCUCUCCCAACGACAAGUACCUGGUGUCCCUCGGCGGUCAGGAUGACGGCAGCAUCGUGGUGUGGAACAUCGAGACCAAGCAGGCCAUCUGUGGGAGCCCGGCCUCAGCCCACAGCGCCGGACACUGCCUCACCGUGCAGUACUCCAACAAGAGCGACAACAUCUUUGUUUCUGCUGGGACCGGGACACUGCGGGUCUGGGAGCUGGACCUCCUCAACAGGAAGAUCCGGCACACAGAGUGUCAGACCGGCAAGCUGAAGAGGGUCGUGAAGUGUAUCGAGAUUUCAGAGGACGACCAGUUUAUUUUCUGUGGCACCACCAGCGGAGACAUCAUGAAGAUCAACCUGAGGACGGGGCUCCUCAGUGACUGUGGUCCAGCUAAGAAGAAGUACAGUCUGGGUGUCAGUGUGCUCAGGAUCCUGAAGUCUGGAGACCUGCUUGUAGGAUCUGGAUCUGGCACCUUCACUCUGUGCUCCAGGACUAACUUCAAAACUCUAAAGGAGGUGCAGCUGGAAAAGGGCGUGACCUCCAUCGCCAUCAGAGGGCAGGGCCAGCAGGUCUUUGUCGGGACGGAGGCCGCUGAGAUGUAUCGCUUCAGCUACGACGACUUCAAACCUGAACUCAUCUCCACCAGCCACAGCAGCGCCGUGAAGGACGUGGCCAUAUGUUCCGGAUCCUCUGAAUUAUUCGCCACGUGCUCUGAGGAGGACAUCAGGCUGUGGCACAUCGACAAACCCAAAGAGCUGCUGCGCAUCACUGUCCCCAACAUGACCUGCAACUCUCUGGAGGUCAUGGCUGACGGACACAGCAUCAUCAGUGCGUGGAACGACGGGAACAUUCGCAUCUUCGCCCCGGAGAGCGGUCGGCUCAUGCUCAUGAUUCACGACGCGCACAGGAUGGGCGUGACCGCCAUCGCCGGCACCAGGAGCUGCAAGAGGAUCGUGAGCGGAGGAGGAGAGGGCCAGGUGCGUGUCUGGAUGCUGCACUCGCGUGGCCAUCAGCUGCUGGAGACCAUGAAGGAGCACAAAGCCACCGUGUCCUGCAUCAAAAUCAAGAGCGACGACAAAGAGUGUGUCACCGCCAGCUCAGACGGCGCCUGCAUCAUCUGGGACAUAGUGCGCUUCAUGAGUCUUCAGAUGGUGAUAGGAAACACGAUGUUCCGGACGGUGUGCUACCACCCAGAGGAUUACCAGAUCAUCACCAGUGGCACCGACAGAAAGGUUUCCUACUGGGAGGUCUACGACGGUACUGUCAUCAGAGAAGUGGAGGGCUCCAAGUCCGGGGCCAUCAACGGCAUGCACGUGACGCAGGACGGCAAAUACUUUGUGACAGGUGGAGAUGACAAGCUGGUGAAGGUGUGGGACUACGCGGAGGGUGUAGUCACCCACAUAGGAAAAGGUCACGGCGGCAGCAUCACCAGCAUCAAGGUCUGCUCUAACAACAGCACCCUGAUCAGCACCAGCGCAGACGGAGCCAUCCUCAGGUGGAGGUUCCCCCACCCGCCUCCAUCCUCUUAAUGUGACAUGAAUCACUUUAAAAUCAAACUUUAAUGUUUCCUCUGAGCAGAAUUCACUUUUACGUUUCGGAACGGAAAAUAAAAACUGUAGAAAUCUG